AUGCUGCUGCGUAUCCAGCCGCUGAGCGAACAAGUGCGGGCACUGUAUGCGUCGCACGGGCAUUAUCAUUCUGGUGAUUCGGGUCUGGACUUAUUUGUUACAGAAGACCAAACCGUAAAAGCCGGAGAGACUGCGUUUGUAAAGUUGGGCGUCAAGGCCGCUGCCUACACCAAUGGCAGUUCCAGCGUACAUAACGGAACCGGGACACAUCAUAAACCGCUGAAAAACGUGUCUUGGCUAUUGAUGCCUCGCAGUAGUAUUAGCAAAACGCCACUUCGCCUUGCCAACUCGGUUGGAUUGAUUGAUGCGGGAUAUCGCGGAGAAAUCAUGGCUACUGUAGACAACAUCAAACAGACAGACUACACGCUACGACGAGGAGAUCGUAUUGUGCAGGCUGUAGCGUUUAACGGGGAAAGUAUAUCACUCGAGCUCGUAGAUCAGCUAGACAAAACCGAUCGCGGCGAAGGCGGUUUCGGCUCGACGUCGACAUGA